AUCACAGCGCCUCUCUCAAUAAUCGAGUUGCUCCGUAGCUGUGCAUCCAGCUCUGGAUGAUCCUUUCUUUUCUAACGCGGAACGCCCCGUGUUUCCUUCUUCAUUUCUAACGCGCGUACGCUCUUGCAUUCUCUCUUCAAAAAAUAAUACUUAUUUUGUGUGAAACAUGAUCGUCUGUGGAAAUGAAACACGUUGUGAUAUAGAUCUUACACAAUUGCCUCUAGUGCAGUCUGAUCAAUCGACAGAGGCAACGCCAGAGCGGUUGCGGCAGCGUCUUGAAAUGGGAGGUAACCGAGAAGGGGCUCAGCUGGCUGAUGGUCAGCGUUUCGCAGUCCUCAGCUAUGAACAAGUCAGUAAGCUCGAUGCAGUCAUGGAAGAAGUCAUGCCCAUCCAUGGUCGAGGCAACUUUCCAACUCUUGAAGUGCGGCUGAAGGAUCUCGUCAAAGUUGUCAGAGCCAAAUUGGAGAGCGAGCAGUCCGUACAAGUCCGGGAUAUCCGGUUGAACGGUGGCGCCGCCAGUCAUGUGCUCGCACCCGAAACUUCCACAUACAAUGAUCUCGAUCUUAUUUUUGCUGUGGAUCUUUCUAAUCAGCGCAACUUUGACAAAGUGAAGACUGCUGUCCUGGACUCCUUGCUAGAUUUUCUACCAGAAGGUGUUGUCAAAAAGCGCAUAAGUACUUGCAGUCUGAAAGAAGCUUACGUCCAUAAAAUGGUUAAGGUAACAAAUGGUGACCGAUGGAGCUUAAUUAGUUUGAGCAACAACAGGGGACGAAAUAUCGAGCUGAAAUUUGUCGACACAAUGCGUCGACAGUUCGAGUUCAGUGUCGACUCCUUCCAGAUCAUCCUUGACUCACUUCUACUUUUCUACGGCUGCUCACAGAUGGCCAUGAGCGAGAACUUCUACCCGACCGUCGUUGCAGAAUCUGUCUACGGAGACUUCCAGGAAGCACUUUAUCACCUACACAAGAAACUCAUCGCCACCAGAAACCCAGAAGAAAUCAGAGGUGGCGGACUCCUUAAAUACUGCAACCUUCUUGUACGAGACUACAAGCCCGCAAAACCAGAAAAAAUCAAACACCUCGAAAGGUACAUGUGUUCACGAUUUUUUAUAGACUUCGGCGACAUAAACCAGCAGAGGUCGAAGCUGGAAAAUUACUUGGCCAACCACUUCAUGGGUGAGGAACAAAACAAGUACGAAUACCUCCUAGUUCUUCACAGAGUGGUGGACGAAAGCACAGUUUGUCUGAUGGGCCAUGAGCGCCGGCAGUCCUUAGCGCUCAUAGAAGAAUUGGCUUGCCGGACCUAUUAUUUCGAACAUCAAGCGAAAGACUUGUUCCAGCCUCAUCCGCAUAUCGUUUUUGGAGGUGGUUUCUUCUUCACACCUUAUGCACCCUACCCAUGCUCCUGUUCUUGGAUGCCAUGCACGUGACCAAAUUCUCACUCACGUCCGUCGUGCCAAUCAAAAAUAUAUCCGGGAUUUAUUUUUUAAAUCUAUUUUUGUUUUAUCUUCCGCCAUGAAGCGCCAAGAAGAGAUAACGUGUAUCUCUUCACCGGUUUUGUGUUACUGCGUCUUCUUUUUUUUUCUUUUUGUAAAGUUGUAUUUAAUUUGUAACUCAUCACUCAGCAUUGGGUCCAAGUGUGGAUCUUUUGACUCAUUCUGUACAUCCAGAAAUUCUAUUUCGAAAUAUCUAUGCAACUUCGGAACGCUGUGCUUCCUAACUAUUCGACAUGAAUUACAAAACGUCGCCACGGAGAAUCAAUCCCAAGAUCAAAAAAAAAAAAUAAUAAAAAUAAAAACCAGCUAUUUAAUUCCACAUCACUGUGAUUUGUUUUGCGCAGUAGUGGGCCUUCCUUAACAAAGUGACAACCUUGCAACAUCUCCGUUAUGGUGACAUUCUUGUUCGAAUUGUAUUUGCGCACAAUUGUCAUCUGUGUGAAGAAAAAUAACAACUUGAGUUUUUAGGCCCAUGUCACGGCGCGCUUUGUUUUGAAAUUGUUCACCAUUUUAGGCAUCUGAUAAAAGUAGUCAAACCUGUAAACAUCCACUGCCCUUUCCUCCUGUUGGCUAGUAGGAAUAACCAAUUUGCAGUCAUUGUGUUCAAUUUUAAUUGCCUUUCUCUUUAAUCUUAUUUCAGCGCUAGUGCCUGACAUAUGUAGACCCCGAUUCUACUAUUUGUCUAGUGUCAAAUGAUUCUUGAUGUCUAGUCAGCUCUAGACCCAUCAUGGCAGAGGACGUACAAGCCGGGCUCAUGAACUCUUAAACGUUUUCCUUGUAAUGUCACUUCUACAUCAUUGUGAUUUGUAAUGUUUCAUGAAAUGUUUAAGAAAAUAUGCAUGUCCAUAAACAUUGAGUUAUUUUUUCUCAAUCAUAUAUAUCUGUGAUUAUUUGUAUAUUGCUUAGUAUAUUAUAAGGAAUAUUUAAUGGAGAAUUAAUUUUUUUAAAAAAAUAUUUUGUAUGCUUUUAAAAAAAAUUAGUUUUUUUUCCCAGUCAAGAUAAUUUUGUUAUUUUAGUUUCUCAAUUGGUGCAGGUUUAUUUAAAAAUGCUUGCUUUGAAAACGUGUGUUCUUUUUAUUUUGAAAUAUUUCAUGACAUUGCCUAAUUUAAGGCCCUUUUUUUUCAACUGUGCAAUUAUAUAAAUUGUAUUAUGCCAUUAUUUAUUUUGAUGUUUUUUUUAAAAAAAAAUUCAGCAAACUUAUUUUUAAUUUCUGGUUGAAAAAGCGGCCUUUAAAUCCUUUUAGAAUAAUUCCCCCUCCCCAAUUUUCAAAAACAUGUUGGUACUUGUAUUCCCUCCCCUUUACCCACAGUUACCUAUAAGCCUCUCCUCGUGUUUUUCUUUUUUGUUCAACGAAAACUUUAACGACAACGAUUUCGAAAGCUAUAAAAAAUGUGCAUAGUUCUCUUUUAGGUUAUUUGAUUAAAUUGUUCGAGUGAAAGAUGCUGACAGCAGAGCUGUCACCUGACAACCUGAUAAAACCAAAUUCUUAGUGUUUCGCCAAUAAGAAAAUGUCUGAGAAUAACGACACAUUAAAAUAUUUAGUGAUUGACUUCAUUAUUACGCAUGCUCUUCUGGCGAAAUCUGAUACGAGAAUUUCUUCUUCAAGAUUUGAUUUGUAUGGGAUAUAUGUUUUCAAAUACUAAAAGAAGUAGCUUACAUGGAGUGAUACACAUGCCAUAGGCUAAUUGAUAAAUCUGAUUCUUUGCAAAGAACAGAGGUCAUUCCACUAUGCGUCUAGGCUAAUUGGCAGUCUUCAGUUUCAUACAGUUAGCCUCAGGCUUAAUACAAUCAGCCAUUUACUUUUAGGUUACUUAGAGAAUAUAUCGAUUGCUCAAAAAGCCCGAUUUAUUUCAAGCAGUUUGUAAUGAGCCAAAAGCUGUAGCGAAUUCAGGCUAAGAAAUUUUUUUGCACAUUUAGUAAUUUGCCUAAAAUACAUCAGACUGGCUAAAAAAAUACUGAAGAUUGUACUACAAUUAGCAUGGCACUUUGCAAAUUAACAGCAACAUUUCCAUGGAGUGCGAUUUUCUUAUUAGUCUAUGACACAUAUACCCUGCAACAUUUAUUCAAGAAACUAAUUUCAGUUAACGACAAACCAAAUUUGUUAAAUACUGAAUUUUAAAACUUGAUUUGUUUGCUUUCGUUAUAAAUUUUUAUUUAUAUAUUUAUAGUCUAUUUUUCUAUUAACUGUACCAAUUUUGAAUAAUCAGAUAAACGUUUAUCGAAACUACUACAUUUACUUAUGAAAAUUUCUCAACACUUGAUAUACAUGCUCUUUGCAAGGACAAUUCAUGAUUAUUAUAUUCCUUGGAGAGUUAUUGCUGAGUUUACAAAAGGUAUUGAUAGCUUAUUUUAGUAUUAAAAAUUAUCUGACAACAAACGGCCUUAGUAAAAAAUUGGUGCGAUAGGCACGAAGAAUUAUGCACAACUUUUCCGAUGAAUUCACACUUGGAGAGGAUUUAUCAUGGUCGGCCCACCGUUAAAAUACGGUGGGUGAAUUAAAAUGGAUGUGAUAAUUUCGAAAUGAAAAACAUUCCUGAUAUAUAUAUAUGCAAACUGAUUCACUUAACCUUUUUUGAUGUAAAUAAUGUUUGUAAAGAAAGAGUAUUAUUGAAGUGUUGAGAUUAGAGAGAAAUAAAGUAUUUGAGCUCUC